AUGAACACGUUACCGAAUGAGCUGAAAUCAAAAAUUUUGGGAGAAUGCGAAUACACGGAUUGUAUGAGUUUUCGUGCGGUAAGUCUGAAACUGAAUCUUGAAGCCAAUGUUAUUCUCUUAUCCAAUCUUCUCUAGACAUCUCGCAAAAACCACGACAUCGGCAACUAUAUGCUUGCCAAAACACAAACUUUCGAUUUCCGGCACUAUCGCCGUCACAUUCUUGAAGCGGAGGAGAAGAUGAAGAAGAAAAACGGCGGGAAUUUGAAUUCAGCCAAGGUGAGUGCGAUGAUAGAUCACGUUUAUCAUUGCAGUUGUUUUUGUUUCAGAUGAUCGCGUUUAUGGAAUUUCUGCCAAGUUUGCAAAAACUCGUGCUGGCUGACCUUCCGUGUUUCUUCACUCUUAGUGAUAUGAUAAAAGUGAGUAAAAUCUGUUGUGAAUAUGAUGAUAUCGGUAUUUUUUCAGCUGGGCAAAUCUCUUCCAAAUCUUUACAAAUUCUCAAUCGUUCAGGAAGAGAAUAACCAGUGGCUUGGGAAAGAGGCUCUGUUAGGCUUAAACUACUUUGAAUCUCUGAAUAAUCUGAAGCUGGUCGGCUGGGAACCAUCCAACGUCGCUAAAAGAGGUAAUAGAGCACAAGCAUCAGGGAAACACUUCAUUUUUCCAGGUUGCGCUGCUCGGUACGAGGUGAUUCCGCAGGGUACACUUCGGAAACUCCUCAAUAUCACUAUCAUUUGCAAACAAGAGACAGUGUCAAAAGUGUUACAGCACAUUCUUGAUAAUGAAGUUUUCAUGACAAAUUGUGUCAAGGCCAAAGUACGUGGGAGGGCGAGAAACAUUUUUGAAGUGAUGUUUCUUUCAGUUCAAUGUUCGUCUAUCUUCAGCGGAUAUUCCGCAUCUUAUCAUGAAAUUCAUCGAGUUCCACCCGAACAUCCAGAAAAUCGCAUUCAACGGGUUCCUGUUUACCACUCAGGAGCAGGUACAAAGUUUUUAUGAGUGAGUUGGGUGUUUGUACUGUGUAGUCUGUCAAACAAGAUUUCAGUCAUCUGCUGGCUCUACCUCAACUCGAGAGAGUUCACCUGGACAACUGUUCUGUGAUCGAGAGAAUCGAACAAGCAUUGCAACGAACUUUUUUAGAAGCCUUGCGGAAACGAGGCAUCAAGUUUAACAAUCUGGUUAAGAGCAUGAGGCAUGGGUAA